AUGGCAAAUCGGAAAGGCAAAAGUAAAAAGUUAGAAUCUCCGUGGAAAGGGCCGGGAGUAGUCCUAGCGAAAAUAACAUCAUAUGUUUACAAAGUGCAGCUAGAGAAAAUGACAACCGUCAUUAAUCACGACCGAAUGAAAAGAUGUUGUGACCUCGAGACACCCAAUUGGGUAAAAAAGAAACAGAAGGAGGUGAUUGAUGGUGUCCCGGCAAAUCUGGAUACUGGUGAUUUGGAAAUAUUCUGUUUCUGUCGAAAAGGGGAUAAUGGAUCGUUCAUGAUACAGUGUGACAGGUGUGAUGAGUGGUAUCAUGGUGAUUGUGUGGGUGUGAAUGCAGAGCAAGCAGAUAAGUGGACAGAGUAUUUCUGUCCAGCCUGCCAGAGAAAAUCAGUGCAAAAAAGCAGUGUAUUAGAUGUAUAG